AUGGCUAGCAACUUGAAUGGCGCGCAACCAAACUCGUCUCCUGGCGAUCAAAACCGCAUGAGCACCAAUUCUUCGACCGCAGAUACCUCCGCGACUGCAGUACCAGAGCUGACGGCCGUAAUCGAUGAUCUUCUAAACCAAUUAUCCAAUAAGUUCGCCGGUGCGUCGAGCGAGAUAUUUGCGAAGUUGGAUGAAAUGUCACGGCGCCUAGAUACCCUCGAGCAGAGUAUGCAAGCCAGUAACGAAAGUGCUGGAAGUCGAGACGGAAAGACUAGUCCAACGAAGUCGUGA